AUUUGCACAAAGGCGUAUUUGGCACCAAGGGGUUCACAAGAUAAUAUAUUUUUCAUUUAAAUUAACUAAUAAGAAUUUUGGAACAGAUCAAAAUAGAAAAUGUAUGAUAUUUUUAAUGGAACGGUGGAGUAUAUAGAACCACCGCACAAUUAAAAAAGACCCCUAUCGCAGCCAAAGUCUGUUUGUGAUAUCCGAAAGGAGUGUGAAGAAAUAGCAACGCUAGAUAGUAUGAUAUAAGCUACCAAAUUAAGAAGAAUUUGGCGAUUAGCAUCCAACUCUUUAAUCAUGUCGUUGAAACCAGUAACAGCAGUCGUAGCCUAUUUUUUCGUUCACAUCGCAGUUGGUGCAGCAGCUUCUGAUGAUGUUGGGUUCAUCUAUCAAGGAUUUCAAUCAUCAAAUCUAAGCCUGGAUGGAUUAGCCACAGUCACCAAAAAUGGCCUCCUACGAGUAACCAACAGCACCAUAUUACAAACUGGGUACGCCUUCUAUCCUAAUCCCAUCAACUUCAAGGCCACAUCUAAUAGUUCAGCUUUCUCCUUUUCCACCCAAUUUGUGUUUGCUAUAGUACCCGAUGUCCCAGGCGUGACUGGUACGGGAAUGGCAUUCGCGGUUGCACCAAGAAGAAAACUUGCACAAGUGCCUUCCGAUCAGUUCCUUGGCCUCUUCGAUACAAACACCACUGGAAAUCAAACAAAUCACGUUUUUGCUGUGGAGCUUGACAUUUACCAAGACCAAGAAAUUGAAGAUAUCAAUGACAACCAUGUUGGUAUUGAUAUUAACUCUAUGAUCUCCAAGGCAUCCGCGCCAGCGAGUUACCAAGCUAAUAACAAGAGUUCAUUUGACAACUUAACUCUCAUCAGCGGUCAACCGAUGCAGCUUUGGGUGGAAUACGACGGGGUGGAUAGGAGAAUCAAUGUAACAUUAGCUCCAAUAGAGGCUGCUAAACCACAUACUCCUCUUUUGUCUUUGAAAUAUGAUCUUUCGCCAAUUUUACAGCAGACCAUGUAUGUUGGCUUUUCGGCAGUCUCUAGUCCACUCAAAACAGGAAUAACUAAUUUUAUACUUGGAUGGAGCUUCAGGAUGAAUGGCGUUGCACAAGCUCUUAAUCUCUCUCGGCUCCCCAAGCUACCUCGGAUUGGACAUAAGAAAGUGUCUAAAAUUUUCACCAUGGGAUUGCCCCUGAUUUGUGUACUUGUGUUGAUAAUACUAACAUCUGGAGUAGCUUAUUAUCUAUGGAGAAAGUGGAAGUUUGCAGAAGUGCUGGAAGAAUGGGAGCUUGCUUAUGGACCUCACAGGUUCAAGUAUAAGGAUUUAUACAUUGCCACCAAGGGGUUCAGAGAAAAAGAGCUGUUGGGAGAAGGCGGAUUUGGCAGGGUCUACAAAGGCAUUUUGACAGCAAACAAGGUUGAGGUUGCUGUCAAGAAGGUCUCUCAUCAAGGAAGACAGGGAAUGAGAGAAUUUGUUGCAGAAAUCAUCAGUAUUGGUCGCUUACGCAAUAGAAAUUUAGUACCAUUCUUGGGUUAUUGUCGGCGUAAAGGAGAGUUACUUUUGGUAUACGAGUUCAUGCCCAAUGGCAGUCUAGAUAAGUUUUUGUAUAACCAGCCCAAGUAUAUCCUCAACUGGAGCCAAAGAUUGCGAGUCAUCAAAGGUGUAGCAUCAGGAUUAUUUUAUCUACAUGAAGAAUGGGAGAAAGUUGUGAUCCACAGAGAUGUAAAAGCCAGUAAUGUAUUGUUGGAUGCUGAACUGAAUGGAAGAUUAGGAGAUUUUGGCCUGGCAAGGCUAUACGAUCAUGGAACUCUCCCUCAAAGCACCCAUGUAGCAGGAUCUCUUGGCUACCUUGCCCCUGAGCAUAACAGGACAGGGAGGGCCACAACAAGCACUGAUGUAUAUGCUUUUGGGGCCUUUUUGCUAGAAGUUGCCUGUGGAAGAAGGCCAAUAGAACCACGAGCAGAACCACCAGAGAAUAUCGUUUUGGUAGAUUGGAUAUUUUUGUGUUGGAAAGCAGGAAAUAUUCUCCAAGCUGUUGAUCGAAAGUUGGGGGCUGAGUAUGUGAAAGAGGAAGCAGAAUUGGUGUUGAAACUAGGCUUAUUGUGCUCUCAUUCAGAACCAAAGAUUAGGCCAAGUAUGAGGCAAGUUCUGUUGUACUUGGAGGGAUCACUUGCCCUGCCAGAAUUAUCAUCGCUGGCCAUGAGCGUUUCUGCUGUUGGUCUUGGCCCCGCGCAUCCUGCUGGCUUUAAAGAUAUUACAUCGUCAUUUGCAACUUCCACAGACAAAAGUUUCUCACAUGUAGCAGAUUCUGUUCUCUCUGGCGGUCGGUAAUUAAGAUGCUUAUAUUUCCGAUUUAUUAAAUUUAGGGAAGAAAAGAAAAAAAAGAAAAAAAGAGAGCGUCUAUUCCUGUACUUAUUUUGUUGAGUGCAUUUUCUGUCAAAUCUUGUCAAUUUUUCUUAUCUUUCUGCCCACUAGAACCCCUUGUACUCUUUAUUUCUGUAGCUGAGAUCUUGGAUAUGCAAGGUUUCAAUAUUGCUAGUUUGUUACUUUUCUCCUUUCUGUAUGAUCUAUGAUCUAGUCUCGUUAUGUCUUGUAAAAA